GUCGGGGUCACUUCAGUCCAGCUGAGUACCGUCAGGUCAUUCUUGUACCUGUCAGACAGCAGAAUGGCGGGACGUCUUCUUCUCCGAGCCUGUACGGCUACAACACUGCAGCUGAGGAGCAGUGUUGCGGUCAGACCGCUGCCGAGGGCCAUGAGCACCGUGAGAGGAGUACCAACAGAUGAAGAGCAGGCCACUGGACUGGAGCGACGUACCCUGCAGGCCCUCAAACACGGAAAGGACCCCUACAGCAUCCUGAAGCCUAAGACAUAUGCUGGCACCAAGGAAGACCCUCACAUUGUGCCGGGCAUUGGAAACAAGAGGCUGGUGGGCUGCCUUUGUGAGGAAGACAACACGGCUAUUGUGUGGUUCUGGCUUCAUGAGGGAGGUGCCCAGCGCUGUCCUUCCUGCGGUUCCCACUAUCAGCUGGUCCACCACGAGUUGCCCCACUGAUACUAAAACCUAACACCAGGAGCUCUGUACAAAGUGAGCAACAACAGACAAGUGUAUUUGCCUCAACCGUGGCCAUAACCUGCAAUGUGUGCAUAUCAUUUAACACGUACAGUUUAUUAAAAUGUAAACCUGAA